GUGUACAAACCAUUUUGGCAGAACCUCCCAUACUCCGAUGUCUACACGUCCAUCACCCCGGACAUCCUACAUCAACUCCUACAGGGUGUCGUAAAGCAUCUUGUCGCCUGGGCCAAGGAGGCAUAUUCAGAGGACGAGAUCGAUGCCCGGUGCCGACGGUUUCCACCGAACCACAACGUGCGCCUGUUCUACAAAGGCAUCACCAAGCUGUCACAGCUCACAGGUCGGGAGCACGCCGACAUCUGCCGCAUUUUGCUGGGCCUUGUAAUUGAUCUGCGCCUUCCAAAUGGCAUGUCCCACCUACGUCUUGUCCGCGCUGUCCGGGCAAUCCUCGACUUCGUCUACCUCGCACAGUACCCGGUGCAUAGCCACCAGUCCCUUGAUGCCCUUGAUGACGCCCUGCAGCGGUUUCAUGAGAACAAACAGGUGUUUAUAGAUCUUGACAUCCGAGGCGAUUUUAAUCUUCCAAAGGUCCACUCGAUGUGGCACUAUCACAAAGGUAUUGAGAUGCUCGGAACAACUCCAAACUUCAACACGGAAUACACUGAACGCCUCCACAUUGACCUUGCAAAGGACGCCUACCGCUCUACGAACAAGAAAGACGAGUACGAGCAGAUGACAGUAUGGCUCGAGCGUAAGGAGAAGGUUCUCCGGCAUGAUCGGUACAUCAAAUGGCUCAAGGACAGCCAGCCA